GGUGGGAGGGGAUGGAUGGUCGCCCGUGCGCAUGUGUGUAUGUUCGGGAUCCGCAGCGGUGAAACGGAGGUGUGGAGAAACAGAGCAGCACGAGAAGAGCCACGGAGAGAGAGAUGGCGCAGGACCCGACCGGAGCGCAAGGACAGGCGGGGGGGGCUCGAGACACAACCGAGAGGAAGCAGAAAAUAAAAUGAAAUACCAAUAAAACGAUUCUAAAAGGGAAAGAAAAGUAUAUAAUCGGAGGAAAGAAAAUAAUCAACAAAGACAAGAGGAAGAAAAAAACAGCGAUAAAAAGGAUACCAAAAACAUCCAUCAACCAGGAUUCAGGAGACAUAACAAACCACCACAACAAACCAACAGACUGGGAGGGAACUUUCCCGCCGUGAGGACGCUGGACUGUUCUGUGGACAUCCAUCCCUCUCCCAGGUCACAUAGAUGGUCGCCAAGCAUCAUGAACGCGCAACUGUCCAUGGAGAGCCUCGGCGACCUGAGCCAUGAGUCUGUGGCCGGUCCAGGAGAGCUGCUAGUUGGCCACAGCCCUCACCCCCGCCCGGGUGGGGGCCGAGGGUUGGCGCACCGCUCCAUGGGCAUGACGAGCCUGCUAGACGGGGGAGAAUACCACUCCCAUCACGGACACAACACUGGACACCCCGGCCAUCACCUGCACCCCGCCAUGAGUAUGUGCGAGACCCCCCCUGGAAUGAGCGCGAGCACCUACACCACCCUCACACCUCUCCAGCCCCCCCUACCCCCCAUCUCCACUGUGGCAGACAAGUUCUCUCAUCAUCACCAUCAUCAUCAUCCUCACCACCAUCCUCAUCAUCCUCAUAAUCAUCAUCAGCGACUCCCCGGUAAUGUCACCGGCAGCUUUACGUUUAUGAGGGAUGAGAGGGGGCUGGCACCGAUCAACAACCUCUACUCCCCCUACCACCACAAAGACGCCCCUGGGAUGGGACAGAGCCUCUCCCCACUGUCUGGCUCUGGCCUGGCCGGCCUACACAGCUCCCAGGCCGGCCUGCCUCCCUAUGCCCACCCCGGGGUCUCAGCCUCCAUGCCGGGGGAGAAGAUGCAGCUGACUCCCGGCGGGUUCGAGGCUCAUCACCCCACCAUGCUGGCCAGACACGCCGACCAGCACCUCACCUCCUCGGGGAACAUGCUCCAUAUCAAUGGCCUCCAUCACCACCACCCCCAUGCCCACCUCGGAGCCUCGGGGCACGUCCUGGGCCACGGGAACCCCCGGGACAACAACAGCCAGAGCCAGGCCUCAGGGCCCGGGGUUCAAGUCCACGGGGUUGGUGGUGGUGGUGGCGGUACCGGGGGCAGUUCGACGGGUCAAAUGGAAGAAGUAAACACCAAAGAAGUAGCUCAGAGGAUCACCACAGAGCUGAAGCGUUACUCCAUCCCCCAGGCUAUCUUCGCCCAGAGGGUGUUGUGUCGGUCCCAGGGAACCCUGUCAGACCUGCUCCGGAACCCCAAGCCCUGGUCCAAGCUCAAGUCCGGCCGGGAGACCUUCCGCCGGAUGUGGAAGUGGCUGCAGGAGCCUGAGUUCACACGCAUGAGCGCGCUCAGGCUCGCAGGUGAGCGAACCCUCGCGUGUAAGCGCAAGGACCAGGACCAGGGCCAUGGCCACUGUAAAGUUGGUGGUGACCGUGACGGCAGCGGUGGUGGCAGCGGUGGCAGCAGUGGCGGCAACCACAGCGGCGGCAACCACAGCAGCAAUAGUGGCCACUCCAAGAAGCCUCGGCUGGUGUUUACCGACGUCCAGAGAAGAACCCUCCACGCCAUCUUCAAGGAGAACAAGCGUCCGUCCAAGGAGCUUCAGAUCACCAUCAGCCAGCAGCUGGGCUUGGAGUUGACCACCGUCUCAAAUUUCUUCAUGAACGCACGCCGACGCAGCCUCGACAAGUGGCUAGACGAAAACGGAGGCUCCUCCCACUCCGCUAAUUCCUCCUCCUCCACCUGCAGCAAAGCCUGAGGAGGAGGGACUGGAGG